GCCUACGAUGGAACUUCUUUUUGCGAGCCCAUAGGACAGCCUUGCCCUAAGCUUACACUCGAAAAAGCCGAGUGCAGGGAAGUUGCAUGUAAAACUCUCUUUUAAAGGAUAAAAGGAGGCCUAAGAUUUGUAUAAAGUACUAAACUAAUGAGGCUGUCACACAAAACUAUGUUUCCUUGGCUUGUUCCUCGAGGAGAUAGCGGUGCACCCUAUUGGGGCAAGGGGCUGUGCGCAUGAAAAAACCCCAGCCCCAAACCCAACAAAGCUAAGAAAGGGAGAAGGCCUAAGGCCGUGGGCCCAGCCGGUUCCAAAGCAAGGGAGCCCCAAAUCAACAUUUCACGUUGGGAACCAGCUUGCUUUUGCCCUCCUCCCCUUCAAGGUCCUACAAAAGCGCAACAGAAUCGCUUCCAACUCCAAAGAUAAAGAAAGAUUCAAAAGAAAUAGAAAAGAAGAAAUAUUUACCACCCGUCCAACAACAAGGCCACAUAUAAAAGUACUCAAAAACUGCCCCAACAUUACCACCCUUUGCCUUAGACCCCACAUCCCCUUCAACCCCCGGCCCUCUCUCUACCACUUUGCUUUGCUCCUCUGCCUCCUCCUCCCAUGCCUCACCCCUUCAUCUCAUUAUAUACCAAUACCCCUUUUCAUCCCGUAUCCUCCUCCUACCAUGCAAGCCAGCUCUUGCUGUGAAAAGAAGGGAGUUCUGGAGAGGCUCUAGAGGGAGAAGGUGAAGGAGUGGGGAGAAGAGAAGAAGGGACAAAGAAGAAGAACGAGCAGGGAGGAGAAAGACCAAGGGAUGGUCAGGUCUGCUAGGUCCCUGAGGGCCUUGGUUAGUGGGAUGGCAUGCUUGUUUUGUAUUGCGAUCUUGGUGUCUGCGACGAUAGAAAGUGGAGGAAGAACAAAAGCUACACCACCAAUGGCCGCUGCUACUGUGGGGGCUUUGAUGAGCUUGGAAGGGUCAUCAAGAGAUAGGCCCAUUGAUCAGAUGAAUUCAGAUCCUUUCUUCUCCAGCAAGCGAAGGGUGCCAAAUGGUCCUGAUCCCAUUCAUAACAGGAGGGCGGGGAAGUCGUCGAGGCCGCCGGGCAGAGCAUAGCAGUGGCCUGAGGCAUAGAAGCUUCGGUUGUGCGGAAGAGGGAUUAUGGGGUGUGGGUCUCAUCUUGGAUGUAACUAUGAGUUGGGCUAUCUUUAAACACUCCUAAGAAGAUAGCCAUAAAAUCCUUGCUUUGCCAAAGUGCUCUGCUUUAUGAGGUGGUGUUGGUGGUGGGGGUGUAAAGAGUCUAAGCUUCCCUCGCACAAAAUACACACUCAAGAUUCUUGACGAGGAAGGGAAGAGCUUUUUUCAGUCACUUUAGUAAUCUCCUUCCUUUAUUUUGAGAGUGAAAGAAAGGGAAGGAAGGAGUUGGUGAAGGAAUUGAGGAUCUUUUGCAUGUAGCAUCCAAACAAACAGAUUGGUUAACCAUAGAAGGAACAAAGACCAAGAAAUGUUCUAGUAGCAGCCACAAUCACUGGGCAUGUGACAUUUGUUACCAACUGGGCUAUCCUUGUCAUGGUUUUUGGAUUCUUCUGUGAUUGGUGCUCAAUCCCACCUAUUAAAGAGCCUUUUAAUUUGUCAUAAUCUCACUUUAUCUUUUGCUUUC